CAUUCUGAGACAGAAGGCAGAGGAGAAGCCUGAGGACGUGUUGUGUUUCCCGCAUCCUUGUCCCGCACUGAGAGGCGAUGCUUGACUCGGCUGAGCGCCGCCAUGGGCAAACGGGGCCCCGGGGCCACUUCACUGUCAGCGCUCUCACGUGCCCGAGUACGCGACCUCUGGUGUCCUAAAUGAGCAGGGACGGCAGUGAUGGAGACUCCACUCGCGGACGAAACGUUUUUUGACACACUAUGAAGGCAGAAGGUCCAGCAUCUGAGGGUCUCUGUGCGCCGCGCUGAGAGCCAUGGAUCACUUUUCCCGGAGAAAGCGGGUCGGUCUGCUGAAACCCCUGCUGAGUCUGUCUCUCGUCUUUGCCUCUUUCCUCAUGAUCCACAAGCUGAAGCUGGCAGAGAAGGACGGGAUGGGGGUCAAGCAUGCGAGGGACGCCGGUUGGUGCGGCCCCAAGUGUUUUCCCCUCAAGAAGGGAGCCAUUAAUAAAAACAGUUUGGGGAGUUCGGACUCUCCGGUGGUUGGUUACGCAUUGGACGCGCUGCGGGUCUCCAACGGGACCUCGGCUACCUGGGACGCGCAGGUUCUCAACUGCAGCGAGGAUGCGUCGGUGAGGACCAAGGACUGGUUCCGGCGCUUGGACCCGAGGUUUCACCAGUUCGUCCUGCACAGACACUGUCGGUACUUCCCCAUGCUCAUCAACCACCCGGAGAAAUGCGCCGACGGAGAGGUGCACCUCCUCGUGGUGGUCAAGUCCGUCAUCGAGCAGCACGACCGGCGGGAGGCGGUGCGCAAAACUUGGGGACACGAGCACACGGUGGACGGGAAGAUAAUCAAAACGUUGUUUCUUUUGGGAAGCCCGACGACCGGCAAAGACACCAAGAACCUCCAGAAACUGAUCGAGUACGAGGACAUGAUCUACGGGGACAUCCUCCAGUGGGACUUCAUGGACACCUUCUUCAAUCUGACCCUGAAAGAGGUCAAUUUCCUCAAGUGGUUCAACAUCUACUGCUCCAGCGUGCGGUUCAUAUUCAAAGGAGACGACGACGUGUUUGUGAACACGCGCAACCUGCUGCAGCUCAUCGCCUUCAAAGUGGAGGAGCGCAAGGACGCCGACUUGUUCGUGGGGGACACCAUCUCCAAGGCGAUCCCGAUCCGGAACCGGCAGAGCAAGUACUACAUCCCCAAAGAGCUGUACGACAAGCCGUAUCCCCCGUACGCCGGGGGUGGGGGGUUUCUGAUGUCCUCCCAGCUGGCCAGGAGGCUCUUCGUGGUCUCGGAGGACCUGGAGCUGUACCCCAUCGACGACGUGUUUUUGGGCAUGUGCCUGCAGAAGCUUCGGCUGGCCCCAGAGAUACACCCGGGCUUCAGGACCUUCGGCAUCACCAGACGCAAGGUGAGCCCCAUGAACAGCGAGCCCUGCUUUUACCGAAACCUCAUCGUGGUGCACAAACUGAGCGCGCAGGAGCUGCUCCGGAUGUGGAGCGUGGUGCACAACAAGGACCUGGUCUGCGCCCAGAGGAUGUCCAUAUGACUGAUCAGCGUAUAAUGUAAUGGCCAUGUAAACUAAACUAUAGACAUAAGUGAUUCACCAAAGCGGAACAUAAUACACAGAAGACUUGUGAUCAUACAUGAUGAUCUUUACGCAUCAGUCCUGUAGCUAAGGGAAGCAACAACUAUGAUCAAAUAAUAUAUAUUGUUUGUGUUAAAUUCAAAAAGCUGCAAACUCCUCUGAGCAGGUUGGGUUUUCAUCCACUUGUCCCACUACUUAGAUAUUUGUUUUGCCCAUUAUAUGAAACCACUACCACACAACUGCACAGUGCCCAGGAAGGUUUUUGACUCUUGGUGCCAUUUCAGGUUGUGCUUUCAUCAUCACUCUUGUCAUCUCAGUCCGAGAUCCAAUGUAGAUAUAGAGACGUGGUUGUAAAGGUUUUAGUGCGUGUUUGUGCAGGCAUGAAUAAGACUGGACUUGUUACAUCCAGGUGUUCCUCUGAAACAGCACAUUUUUAUUGUCCAUAUCUUCAUUUCAGGAUUUCAGUGCGACUGUCGCAGUGAACUGUAUGGACUCACGGCACACAUCAUGGAAUGAACUGUUGCAUUCAUAGUUGAUUUUUUUUUUCUUGUAGGGUGCUGAAAUUGUACAAAAUUAAAUGAUUUAAUUGUUUUAAGUUAAUAUAUUGCAAGUGUCGAUUCACGUGUCUACGAUUUGCAGAGGCAGGCCAACAAAAACAACCAAAGACGCUGACAGGCUGUAAUACUGCAGAUUUAUGUGUGAUCAUGUCAAUAAAAGUGGAGCUAUCCGUCAACUUUGUAAAUGCAGAAUAUUACUGUUGCAGCAUUUGAUUCGUGUCGAUGUGUGAACUGCUGGAGAGAGAUUUGCAAAAAUAUGUGAAAGUAUCAGAAACCUUCUGUCAAGUGGAACCACAUCUGCAAAGUCCAGCUUCAUGGAGCUUUAUUUAAACAAAUACUUUUUUGCACACAAAAAAAAUAGCCAUUUGAUGCCAUAAGUAUUCAGAAAAUACUGACUACUAUGCACAUAAAAACAGUCACAAUCGUCCUCAAUACAGAAGCAUAUUAAAGCCAAUGUGAUAUAUAUAAAUAUACUCUCUUAUACAUCUCCCAACAGUAAACAGUAUCACGCCCCUUAAGGAAGUUACCCUACUGAUAUUACAAUAUGCAAAAUAACGUUCAAAAACACCUCCGACUGUUUUACGGAUUGUUUCUGUUUUAGUCCUUCUUGGCUGUGGAGGAAUCACAGAUAUAUCACAAUCAACAUCGUCGUAACACUGUGCAGUACAAUAGAAGUAGUACAAUUAUAGCAUGAAAUAUAAAUCUAGCAAAUUGUUGUCAAGAGUUCUUAAACUCUUUAGUUUGUUGCUAAAAUCAAUUUAAAGAGACUGACGUGCUUCAAACUGUCUGUCUGUCUCAGCCUCCUUCACAUUCAGCAGAAAAACAGGUGCUACAGAAAUUCUACUGCAUAACAAUGCGUUCAUCUCCUUUUGUGUGUGUGUUUUUUAUUCAUUGAAAUAAUUAUGUUACGUUAAAAGAUAUACUUUGUCUCCCUCCCUGGACUAGUGGAGUAUAUAAAACUGUGCCAUCUGGUCAAGAUCGUCAGUCGGCGAUGAGCAGGAAAAUAAAUAAAGGUCAUACUGUGUACUGGAAUUUCCGCAUCAUCCAUUUGGCAAAGUGCUACUUCAUUCCUUCGAUAUCAUUUAUUUACGACCGGAAAUGAAAGGAGAAAUGUAAACAGACGGCAAUGCGUGAAGCUGAGUGCAACGGUGCACUCGUGUUGUCAAAAGCUUUAGGAUGCUGAAGGGUUGCCAAGGAAGCAAAAGUUUCCUUCUUGUAAGCAAAGAUCAUUCCUCCUCUCCUCUCCUCUCCUCUCACUGCCGCUUC